AUGGCUGCUGCCGCCCAAGGGAGGAUGAGGGGGGCCGCACAAGCGAAGCUGCUGCCGGGGCUGAGCAGAAAAGCCCCUGGAGGAGUGACGCGGCCGCUGGUCUUGGCGUUCCUACUUGCGUCCACUACUCUGGCCAGUGUUCUACCACCAUCUGACCCAGGGAGUGAAGAUGCACUCAACCCAGAUGUUUCUACUCCAAAUAUGAGUGUGGUAACACGUGAAAACCAAAGCAGAUCUUCUGCUUUCCAGAUCAGUACUACUCCCCCUCCUAUAACUAAUACUGAGAAAACUGGAGGAGCAUCUGUAGCCCCUCAUCUCUCGCCUUCUACUUCUCUGCCCCAAGAGGAAGCUGAUAGCAAUGAAGAUCCCAACAUAGAGGAGGAGGUUCUUUUCACAGUUAAUAGUUCUCCAGCCACAGCCAAAGACACUCAGGACAAUGGAGAUUAUGGAGAUUAUGACUGGACCACCAACCCCAGGGACGAUGAGUCUGAGGAGACUUUGGAAGACAGCAGGGGUUAUAUGGAAAUUGAACAGUCAGUGAAAUCCUUUAAGAGCCCAUCCUCAAAUAUAGAAGAGGAAGACAGCCAUUUCUUUUUUCAUCUUAUUAUUUUUGCUUUUUGUAUUGCUAUUGUUUAUGUUACAUAUCACAACAAAAGAAAGAUUUUCCUUUUGGUUCAAAGCAGGAAAUGGCGUGAUGGUCUUUGUUCCAAAACAGUGGAAUAUCAUCGUCUCGACCAGAAUGUUAAUGAGGCAAUGCCUUCUCUGAAGAUUACCAAUGAUUAUAUUUUUUAA